UAUAAUUUUUACUAGUAAAAAUUGAAUUGUUGAUAUCAAAAAUGCAUAUCCUGAGAAUGAUUAAAAGCUAAUUCGGCUUGCCAUACGUAAUAUCGUUGAGGCGCACAGACUCGACAUUGUUUGCGUCUUGCUUGGGUAAUCUUCCUUUUGGCACACAAGCAUCAUUACUGCCACUCGCAGGACAAACUGUGCAUUGCACCCAAAAUUGCUCGGUUGUGGUAAAAACUUCCAGAAACGAUUCCAGAUUUAGGGGAGCCAGUGGAGUGGCCAAGUGUGCUGACACAGGGGCACUGGUCCCCUCUGCCCCCCUAGAACCACCCCUGUCCACCCCGCCCCGGUCGCGGUAAAAUGUCAAACAUUCUCCGUCGCUAUAGCACCCGAGGACAGACGUUUUUCAUGUUAUUUAGAGUUUUUGUCCACACCAGGAGCGAAGGCGGUAUGUGACGAGCUACAGUUCAUUGUAUUAGUAAAUUGACGGUUGUUUUUUUAAUGUUGAACAUCAUGACCGCUGUAGUGUAGACACGGUAAAAGUUACAUUCUUCAACAGUUGGGAUUCACGGGAUCUUAGUGUUGAAUACCACACUCGGUCGUGAUUAUUUUUUGGUGUAAUUCAAAUUCGCAAAUGCAGUCAUCCGUUAAAUCGAGCGCCAAAAUUAAAACGUGUCGCCAAAGCUUGUGGUCAGUCGGUGUUCAUAGAGAAUAGCCCGGUAAAGUGAUUAACGUACGUAACCAGCUAGAUAUACUGUAUAUGUAACAGAGGCCAGCUGAGAGCUGUAGCAAAAGACGUUAGCGACACCGCCAUCGUUAGAGCAGGUCUGUCUCCCAAAUAGGACCGAUCGAGGGUGCGAGUGAGACGGGUUACAAAUACCAGUGUGAUCAUUUCUUGACGGCACUCACUAAAUCCUUGGUGUUUCGAGUCAGACGUGAUCACUCAAACGUGUUUUUUUGUCAAUUUUAACAAUCAUAGGUAGUUUAGAUGGUUAGAGUAAGGUUAUGGUUAGGGUGUGGGUUAGGGUUAGGGUAAAGGUUUCGUAAGACUUGAAACACCAAAGAUUUAGUCAAAACCAACAAGCCACACCCACGGAUCUGACUCGAAACACCAAGGAUUAAGUGAGUGCCAUUUCUUGACGGUGACACCCCUAGUUGGCAUUACAUUUCUGUAUAAGUGGGGUUUUAAGUGUACUCUGUGUAAUUUGCUUAGAGUUUGUUUGUAAUGUCUCUUUGGUUUUAACAACCGAGUGAGUCACUUAUACUAAAAUGUAGUUUAAAUGUAAAAAGCUUAAAGAUAAAAAUUGUAUAGUAACCAUUAACUAUUGUCACAUGUGGUAUUGUUUGUCUUAGGACACACUCUGACUGGAGGCCACUGGAUGCUGACUACUGAAGGUUAGGUUGUGUGUGACGGUGCUCAGCCCAGCUUCAUGUCUGGCCUUGCCACUCUGUUCAUAGCAUGUUAAAUAUUCAAUCUUGAGUACCAGGAUGGGGCAGCGUGUAUCUUGGAGUCCACUGAAAGAUAUUAAUCCAGAGAGUGGAACAAGGAUAAGCGUCAUCUAAAAUGACAGGAUACGGAAGAAACAGGUUGCAGUGAACCCACAUGUUGCCUCUCUUCUAAGCACAAUGAUGAAUUUUCAGUGUAAUCGAUGAAAAUUCUAACUACUUGUUGUGCUCUUAUGGAUCAAGAUGUGGACCGUUUUACAGACUCACUUGGACCUUGUUUUGCGAUGUAGUUACAAGAUGGAUAUGUUGGUUAAUGUGUUGUUUAAACAUGAAUGCUUAAACAUUCAUUGUUUAAAGAGCCAUGUUGGCUACUAUGAAGUUGUAACUGAGUAAAAAUAUUUAAUGUACAACAAGGUACAAAAUUCGUCUGUAAUGUAUUUUUAAAGUUGUAUCAAUUUUAGCCAUUUUUUAAGAUACAAGGAUUUUGCAAAAAAUUAUUUUAAUGUAUUUUAUGAAGCAAAAGCUUAAGUUACAUGCAUUAUACAACUCUGAUGGAUUCAAUUUAAAUUUUAACUAACAGUAACAAUAUGCAAAACAUACUGGAUGCACAGUAAUUUAUGUAUUUCUUCUAAAUACAGUAAAUUAAAAUGAAGCAAUUUGCUGUAAAAAUACAGCAUUAUACUGUUGUUAUUAAAAAGUACAGCUUUUUUCCGGUAUUCUGCGAUUACAGUAAAUGCCUGUAAAUUAAAUUGCAGUACUCUGGCUGUAAAAUUUACAGUAACUGGCUGGCAACCCUGCUGCCAGUAAUUUACUGUAAAUUUUACAGGAUUUUUUUUACAGUGAGGUGUUCCAUGAGAUUGCCUACCUUUGAUUAUACCUGUGUUUGGGAACCCCUUAAUUUAUAUUAUCAUAAUAUAUGUUGCUAAAGUGUCAUUAUUUACUCGAUAAAAGCGCAGAACGCGGAACAUAUAAUCAACAGCUUUCUAUAAUUAUAAUUGCAGAAUAAAUUGUAGCCAGGUUUUCACAAAUUAAAUGCACUAAAAUGCUCCGCGGAUGGCGCCGUCUUUGAUUUAGCCAAAACAUUUGCUGUAUCGCAGUUUGACUAAACUUUAUACCACAAUCUUUCUCUUUAAAUAUACUCCAAAUUCUUUGGGUUGCCAGCUGAUGGACAGAUAAAAUAAUUUAAAAGUUAACACAUGUAAAGACAAUUAUAUUUCUUGCACGAAAACACGUCAAUAUAGCUUACUUUUAACUUUAGAAUUUUAUUUGUAGACUGCAAUGUAAAAAAAGCUUUAUAUUCACAGUGGCCACUAGCGGGUGAACUCUUAACAGUGAUAAGGUAUAGCUAAGAGCGCUCCAGACCGGGAAACACAUAUUAACGAUAAGGUACAGCUUAAGGUAUAACUUAAGAGCGACGUAGCGGUAAGAAUGUUUCGGGAAACACGGCCCAUGAUCUUUUGUUUCCCACUGUAUUUUGGAAGUUGAGGUAGUUUGGUCCCUUUAUUCUCAUCCAAGAACAUUCGGCCUUAGGUUCAGCUAUGACUGUAAUGUAUGUAUGUAAACAGACAUAAAAUAAAUACGUUAACUACAAAUUUAAACUGCAGAAAAUGUGUGACUAGCCCUGUUCUCCCCUAUAUUAAACGAUGUUCUGAUGAUCUUCUUAGAUUGUACGUGGCAGCGUCAAAUGUUAGAACACAUGCUUGAAUUCCAAUUUGAACACCAGUUUUAUUCCAAAUGUUCCUUUAAUUAAAUAAAGUGCAUUAUUUUAGUUGACUAUUCUGACAACUUUUUACACUACACAAUGACUGUAAAAUAGCCAUUAUAGAGCCAAAUGUUUUAUCACUCAGUGGGGUAGUUAUUGGUUUGGGAAGGGAUUCUGAAUGUUGUGCUGUUGUGAGCAGCUGUGGGAAAGCUGGGAAAAUAAGUCAAUUGUUUUUUUGCCACUGUGAUGUUUUUCCAUCUUUUUCCACAAUCCUUUUGUAUACUUAUUAAUUGCCAAACCUGGGUUUUGUUCGAUAUGUUAAUGUUAUCUAAUGAAAUGUUACUUAAUAAUUUUAGAUGUUUCCACAUAUACUUUUCAAAGUUGUUUAUCGAUGUAUACCCAUAUGGCAACGCAACGCUAUAUCCGCUUUAUUUAAAAUUAUUAUUAUUUGUACUAAGCACCAGAAGGCCUACGGGACUACGACUAAAUCUGUAACGUCCUUGUCGUAUUGUUUUAAUGCUUAACUUAAAGAUGUUGUUUUCUUAGCGUACGUAGGGUAAAUGGAGUCCAACAACAUAGUCAUAGAGGUAAAAAUACAACUGAACUCGUACAUCGGUGAAGAGUAUUUUGGGCUCCUGAAUUUAUUGGUGUCAUUUUCAGUUUGAAGCAGGGAGGGCUGGCGAAAAUAUGCAGAUCACUCGUGCGUUUUACUAAGGAAAAAUAAUGUAGACUGGCAGUUGAUUACUAAAAAAGUGUUUUAAGAGGUUAUAGGCCUUUUUGUUUGUUCAAUAAUGUAAAGUCGGCGCCUCCAAAAAUGACAGGCUGACCUUGUCGUCCUUUAUUGACAUGUACAGAACAAAUGCGUCCGGCUCCAGGAGCGCAGCAUGGACUGCAGAGACGGCAAAAAUGGCUGGCUUCGGAUAAUAACCCGUGCGUCUUAUAUGGGGACUCUGAUUGCAAAUAUAUUUCAAAAGGCUCUAUAAUUCGUAUUUAGGUGUGACUAAAAUAUGUGGAGUGCGUUUGGUAAUGGAUCGAGCGGGUUUGCAAGCAAGGCGGAAGGGUGGGAGUUCGUCCCGUGUUCUAGUUCAGAGGGGGGCUGUAAGAAGGUCCAGAGUCCUCGGGUUCGGUCUUUCCCGAGCAACCUUCUCGAACAGCUUCCACCUGGACCAGCAGCUGCAACCGAUGCAACGCCUUACAGCGAGCUACAAAGUCAACACACGCGCCUAAAAAAGAGAUUUGAGGAGUUAAAAAAGCGCCACGACCUGGAGAGAGAGGUGUGGAGGAUGGAGAAGGAAACGCUUUUGAGACAAUUUGCUGAUAUACAAGGUGGGGAAAACAGGAGGAUAUUGUUGGAUAUGAAGUCUGUUUUAGAGGAGGUUCAGUUUGAGGUGAAGCGGGAGGAAAGUAAACGGAGCGAGCUCGAGCUACGCUACAUUAAGGAUCGUUGCGCUUGGCAGCUGGAGCGGGCAGGGCUGAUGAGUCGCAUUACUCAGCUAGAAGUAAGAGGAUGUAGCGUGCCAGUGGAGACCAUUAGGAGACCUGAACAAAGGGACACUCUAAAGCGGGAGAGAGAAGAACAGAAGAGGCUGCUGGCAGACACACACAGUGCAGCCAUGGACCUCCGCUGCAGACUGGAGAACAGCGAGAAGGGUUGGGUGAAGGAGAAAUCUGAGCUGCUGGAACGCUUUGACUCUGAGAGGAAGGAAUGGGAGAACCAACUCAUGGACAUGCAGCGGAAGAUCGAGGAGUUGUACGAUGAAGUAAAGGCACAGUGUAAGGGAGGUCCUGUCAAACCAGUCACUGAUCUACAAAGCAACGCCCUGAGGAUCAGUUCAUGUUCUUUAUCCAGUGAUGCCCAGAGUAAUGAAUAUUCUGAAGUUCUAACCCUGCAAAGCAACACUAGCAUUGCGUCCCCAAAUCAACCUGAUCACAACUCCAGUGAAUCUUAUAACCAGUGCAACAGCGAUCAAAAUGAGCUAUUAAAUCUUCAAGGUGCUGAGAAAUAUGAGCUUGGUGAACAACAGGCAAUAGACACUGCAGAGCUGGAAGAAAUUUUGGAAAGCUGUUUGAAAUUGAAACGGUCGAACAAGUCCUGCUUCAUUGGACAAGAUGACCUUCUUAACCCUUUCCAAGGAUUUCAGAGCAUGGACAUAAACUGUGGAAGUUACAAAAAGAAGAAUACUGCCCUUAAUGCGGCACUUAAGGAGAUUGCCCGUGUAAGUGAGGAGCUGUGUAGCUACCAGGAUGAGAUGAGGAAGUGGCCUGACUUUAAGAGAAGCUGCACUGAGUCCGUGUAUUUUCCAGGAAAGGAUGAGAUGGUGGAGAAAGUAAAGGACAGUCUUGAAAUGGCGGACACAGCUUUAGACUUAAAAAACUUGAGCGAAGAGCUUAAAUCCCUUGAUGAGCAAUACUGGAUGAACUGGGAAGGUUUUAAACAGCAAGGACAAACUACCCAAAAUGAUGCUAAGCCAUUAGCGAAUAAAGGUCAAUGUGCCCCACCCAUCCCAGCCCGUAGUACAUCUUGGUACCUGAGCAGUCCCUCAUUAUUAGAGUCCAGUGGUACAAAGACACUGUCAGACAGAGAAUUUCAAAGGCCAGGAUUCCAUCAAGACAGAAAGUUCAACAGCCCCGCAAUUGUACUAAAAUUCGAAGCAAUGCUUCAAGAGAAUGAGGGGAAAAUUCUGAUGGACUCUGGGAAUUUAACCUGCACCGUGCCUGUUGAGUCAAAGUGCAAUAUCAGUUGCUGUCCGAGCCGUUGGUCCUGUGAUGGUAAUACAUUUGGAAGCAUCAAGUCAUCAAAAUAUGCACCCGUUAAGAAAUGUCUCUCCAACAUUGACAUUGCAACUACACCUAGAGAGUGCAACCCAGUAGAUGCAGAGGAAAAAAAUGAUCCCAAGGCUUCAUCUCAUCCUAUGAACUUGGAUCACAUGUCUACAGACCCCGUAAUAUCACUGGAUAUUGUUUCACCGUAUUCAAAUUUUACAGCAAAUCGCAGAAAUGAGAGGCUUGAGAAGAAAACAGCCGAGUUCAACCGUACACUCUUUCAAACAGGCAUGGGUCAUCGGUGUGAUGAAGAAAAUCUUUUAAAUGUGUCUAUCGAUUGUGAACUUGCUUCUACUGCAGGUCUGACAUUCUUCAAAUCAAAGGGCAAUGUUAGUGUUGAGGACAAAAAGAAAGGUAUCAUGGCACAGUGCCCAGAAGACCAAUUCUUGGAGAUGAACCCCCACACACGACCGCAGUUAAAAAGUGAAACAAAGGACUUUGUCUCUAUGUCUUCAUCUCUUCAGCAGGAUGUUGAUAUAACAGAAUUACCUUCAGGUUCAUCAGAUCAAGCAAGCAAGGAUUUGUCUUCACUUAAAGCAGAUUUUAUUUACUCAACCAAGCAUAGCAAGGAGGUUAAGCCUUCAUGGACUGAACACAGUACAGCAAUGCCAGUUGUCCCGUUUGGUCCGAGUGUUGGAGAAAAAUGCUUUGAAUUGAGUGUAACCCCAUUACAGACGCAGAUCCAAAUAGAAAGUUUCAGCAGAAAUAUGGAGGUUGGUACAGACCAACCAUCAAAACAGCCCAAAAAGGCAAAGCAGGACACAAGGUCUCGGAUUUUAGAAGACAAUCCAUGGAAGCCAUCUACACUUGCAGCCUAUCCUCGGCCAGUGGAGUCAAGGUCUAACUAUGGAGCUGUUGAGAGGAUUCUUAAAAGUUAUGAAGAUCAGAAUAGAUCUCAGGACAAACAGCAGUCACAGCCUAGUCCAGGGAAGGAGAAAGACCUCAUGGACCUCUUGGAAAUGCUGGAUAUCCGAGAUGAGCCCAGAUCCAGUCAGAGACUAACACACACACCGCACCAGGUCAUAGCUCACAAAGAGACACAUGUAAGAGUGCAGCAAGGCAAAGAGUCAUCUGUGACUUUCAAGAAGAGCUUUUCACGACCUGCAUGUCCUGCAAAGAGACGUUUGCCCUCACGUUGGGCUAGCCGUUCAUCCACCUCAUCUGCAUCUACUCCUUCACCCCCACCAACAAUACCACCCACAGUUUUCACUCAGCAGCAAACACUCACCUACUCCACCUAUCACACAGAGACAGUGAUCUAAAAUGUGCAAGCCAUUAGGAUAAAAUGCAGACCGGUAGAUCUACGUAUGCCUUUUAAAGCACUGAAUGCUGCCUUGUUCUCGCCGGUGAUAACCUGUGUAAAUACCAACGAUUGCUCAACUGACGUUUAAUUUUUUCCAGUUUACAUUGAAGUUCUGAGGAGAUGUUUUCUUACCAAUGUGACUUACAAGUGCAUAAAUCAUAUCUACAGUAUGUCCUAGUUUCUGUUUUCAUGAACCAGUUUUUUUUUAUAUGUUUCCAUUAGAUAUUUUAUAACUGCCAAUGUAUACCCGCUUCUAAUGUGGCCUCAUAUGUGUGAGGUCUAAUGUCUUUGAGAAUAUAAAAGCACCGUAGUGCUGCCUAUUUCACAGUACACCUUUUGUUAUACAUUUACCAAGUUUAGCCAAAAUUAUUACAAUAAUUUUACAAAAAGUAAUGGGUUAUUACAAAAAGUAAUGGGUUCUUAACUCUGUUAUCUGGUGUAAGACAUAUCAGGUAGACAGUGCUUCUCCUUAAAUAAUACAAGUUAAUGUAUUCAACAUUUUUAAGAAUAAACUAAAUAUAGUCAUUCAUUACAAUAUAGACGUGUAUCCUUGCAAAAUUUAAUUUUGGAUUAAAUAGCAAUAACCUGUCUUGUGAUCGUAUGCCUUGUUAAAGGUCCAGUGUAUGAAAUUUAGUGGCAUCUAGUGGUGAUGUUGCGAAUUGAAAACAACGGCUCACUCCACCAUUGCCAAAACCCUUCGAAGUACUACAGAACUAAGAUGUCGUCACAUUUUCACUUCUUUGCCUUAGGAGAUCAUGUAUUUACGAAGCGCGUUCGGUAGCAGUUUGUCCAUUUAGGGCUACUGUAAACAACAUGGCGAAUUCCACACAAGGGGACCUGCAGCUUAUGUAGAUAGAAUCUGUAUUGCAUUUCUGUCACUAGAUACUCUAAACAGUUACACACAGGACCUUUAAUAUUCUGUAAGUUAUCAUCAGCUAUGGUAUUUCUGGAUAAUUGCUUGAAUGAUAUACAGUAUAACCAGUAAGUAACCUACAGUGUAACUGGGGAUCAAUUAUCAUCCUGUCUGAAAGUAUUAUUGUGUUCGUCAUGGACACUGAGACUCCUAAUGCCUUGCUGUAAUACACUACCCCUUCAUUGAAAUAGUAAGUGUGACAUUUGUGGUGACAUAUUUUGGUGCCAGAAAUCCAAUCCAAACCAUUGUUGAGAAACCCAAAUGAUGAAAAGGCAUUUUCUCUUAUUCCCACAUAAUAUUAUUAAAUAAGACAACUAGAAAGAAAUACGACAGAAUUCUAUUUCUAUACACAGAAUAGAUGUAUUUAGUGAGGUGUAAACUUAUCCUAAACCUUUUCCUUUCCAACCACAUAAACUCAACAUGAACAUAAAAUAUACUUUCAAAUAUGAAGUUUUAUCUACAUUUUCUUUUUAUUUACUGUAGUGAUUUCCAUUGUACCUCAUGAGUAUCACAAAAGCCUACCAUCACAAUUCAGGUAGAUGAUACUGUAGACACCAACUCCCUCAGAUUUCUUCUCACGUAUUAGGUCAGAAAAAAACUGUUAUUGCAGCUGUAUACCCUGUCAGAAAAUCUUACCUUGAAAAGCUGGGACGAAGAUCCUCUUUCGCAUGCACAGAUCGCUUCCUCCUUGUCCACUUGUAUUCCACUUCAGUCAUAUAUUUCUUCCAACAGGAAGCAAGAGGCCCAGUCAGGCAUCUGUGACAGUAUUUUGGCUUGCGGUAAUUUUAAGUUUGUUACUGUGUUUAUUUAAACAUAAUAAAAGAAUACUAUGUGUGACGAUAUGAUGUUAUAUUAUAGGGUCUUAUUUAAAAAAAUAAAAUAACAGGAACAUAUUUUUAUAACAGUAACUUGAAUGUAGACGAGAUAUCUUUUUCUAUAAACAUAUUUUAAUACUUAAAAGGUAAUACAUGCUUUGUUGUUCAAAGUGUAUAAUGACAACCUACACAGUUUAUUAUGUAGAAGACACAACAUAUCUUUUUCCACGCGUCAUUAUUCUUUUUCAGUAUGGUCACAAAUAUGUAACCUGUGAAACACAGUAUCACUAUAAUAAAUCAAGAAAUAACGAGAGUAGGCCUACUUGUGAUGUUGCUGUGGUUACCGCUCCACCAGAACGAGGCAUCUAUUCGAGAGCUUCUGUUUGGCGCCAGAUAAAAAUACGCAGGCUGCCAUAGUCCAACAGUCUAGUGUAACCUAAAGCCCUAAAGACUUUAUAGUUAUAAAUACCGUCAAAUACAAAAAAAGUGUUUUGAAACAAAGUUGGUCUACAAAGCUGCGAUAUAAAAUGUAUAGUCAAAUAUAAAUAACUAUACACACUAUCAUUUUACAAUUAAUGUAUUAUUAGUUUUCUUCUAAAAUGUAGUAUGUUGAAAAGUGAUGUUAGGCACAAAUAGAUUUGUGGUGAAGUGAGGUAAAUUAGGCCAAGUUAGUUAAUCUUAAAUUGUAUUCAGGUUGUUAGGGUAGAUUGGGGAUUUUACAGUUUUUUCAAUUGCUAACAAGCAUUAACCAAUAAAUACCAAGUACUUUUUCUAAACUCUUAACACAGUAACGUCUUGGUUACGGAUGUAACCUCAGGAUUUGUCUUGAGAACCUAUCAUCUUCU